GUUCUGUUUAUAAUAUGUACAUUAUUUUAUUGUCUUUGUGGUGUUUAUUAUAUAGGCCAUGUAUUUAAGUCAAGCUGCAUAUUCAACAGUAUCAACUGGGCACAUUGUAAAUCUGGUGACCAGUGAUGUUCAGAUACUUGAAAGGCUUACAAUAUUUCUUAAUCAACUGGUAAUUGCACCCAUUCUCUUCCUUAUUACGGCAUUCGUUUCCUGGAUAGAAAUAGGUCCCUGGUCAUUGCCUGGAAUUCUUAUUCUGGUUAUGUUAGCUCCUCUUCAAGGUUGGAUGGGCAAAACAUUUGCAGUUUUGAGAGUUAAAACAGCUCACAUGACAGAUCAGCGAUUCAAGAUCAUGAAUGAGGUUAUUUCUGGGAUGCGWGUUAUUAAAAUGUACAACUGGGAGACACCAUUCUCAAAUGUUGUAUCUGAUGUUAGAAGGAAAGAAGUAAAUGUCAUCAAAAAAGCAGCUAACUUAAAAGGUGUUAAUGGCAUUAUCUACAGUAUGUGUAUCGGUCUUAUUGGUCUGGUAGUAUUUGUACCAUAUGUACUGGCAGGACACUCGCUAACACCAGAAAAAGUCUUCACUGUGUUAGGACUGUUCUAUUCUGUUCGUGUGUCUCUUACAAUUUUUUUUCCUGAGUGUAUCCGUGGUAUMAAAGAAGGGAUAGUCUCAACUACUAGGAUACAGAGAUUUUUGCAACUUGAGGACAAGAAACCAAUAAUAAGUGACCAACCAACCAACCAAACUGAUAAGCCUUUAGUACAAGUCAAGAACAUUAAAGCACAAUGGAACAAGGUUCUCAAUACACCAACCCUWAAUGAUCUCAGUUUUACUGCCAAUCUGGGGGAUUUGUUCAUGGUUGUUGGACCUGUUGGUUCAGGAAAGUCCUCAUUGCUGCAAGCCGUGCUUGGUGAAUUACCUGUGACACAAGGAACUAUCCGAGUACAGGGACGAAUUAGCUAUGCUUCUCAACAGUCAUGGAUAUUCUCCGGGACUAUUAGAGAAAAUGUUUUAUUUGAUCAGGAAUAUGACGAGGAAAAAUACUUAAAAGUAGUUAAAGUGUGUGCACUGGAAAAGGAUUUUGAACUGUUUGCUAAUGGUGAUAACACAUUGGUUGGUGAGCGAGGAGUGGCAUUGAGUGGAGGACAAAAAGCAAGAAUUAACUUAGCAAGAGCAUCGUAUUUUGAUGGGGACAUUAUUCUGCUUGACGACCCUCUCAGUGCAGUUGACACUCAUGUUGGCCGACAACUGUUUGAUGAGUGCAUCCGUGGACUUUUAAAAGACCGCAUCACCAUCUUAGUAACCCACCAAUUGCAAUACUUGAAAGGAGCCACUAGUAUACUUUGUCUACAAGAUGGACGGUGUGUUGGGCAAGGAACAUUGGAACAGUUGAAUGAAGUCGGUCUUGAUGUAGUGUCUCUAAUGUCUAUGACAUCUCUUGACCAUGAGCCUGAUUCYACAGAAKACCCAGAACAUGAAGAUCAACAUGAAGUUGCUAUUGCAAAUGGAAAGGCUCCUUUGUUAGAUAGACGGUCCCUWAUGAAUCACAGGUCUUUAUCAGUAGCAUCAGAAACAAGAGCUGAUGGUGUUCUCAAACAAAGCCAGUUUGAUAUCAGAGCUGCUCUCUCUCUUGAGUCRCUUCAUCCAGAUGUUGGUGCAGAGGAGGAGGAAGAAGAAGAAGUAGGGAUGAAACCUGAAGCUGAAAAACAGACAACAGGACAAGUGACGUGGAAGGUUUACCUGGAUUAUUUCAGAGCAGGUUCAAGUUGCCUUGGUCUCUUUUUUAUCUUCAUACUGUUGCUUGCAUCACAGGGUGUUAUCAUGGUUUCGGAGUGGUGGCUAGCCGAAUGGGCAGAUCGUGAGGACUAUAACACAAAACUGAUAGCAAAUGCAACCAUCCCAAUGGCUUCACUGACAUCUUACUCUAGAAAAACAUACAUUAUUGUGUACAGCAUUCUUGUUGGUGGAGGAAUUAUCAUCAGUGGAUUGUCUAGUGUGUCUUUAUACMGGCUAUUUGUUACAGCAUCGCAGAAUCUUCAUAAUAACAUGUUUCAUUGCGUAUUGAAGACACCUAUCUAUUUCUUUGAUACGAACCCAGUAGGUCGAGUUCUUAACAGAUUCGCUAAAGACAUCAGCCAAAUGGAUGAUCUACUGCCAAGUGCAUUUUUUGAUUUCGCAAGGUUGGCACUCCUGACUUUUGCUAUUUUACUGCUGAAUGUUGCAAGUAUUCCAUAUCUACUGGUUGGGGCUGUACCCAUGGUGGUAGGAUUUGGUUAUCUUAGAAAUUAUUAUCUACGAACUUCAAGGGACAUCAAGCGUCUAGAAGCAAUAAACCGCAGCCCUGUUUAUUCCCACAUCUCAGCGAGUAUUGAUGGUCUGAUAACUAUACGAGCCUUUGAAGCAGAAGCAAGAUUCAUUUCAACUUACUAUGACUAUCUGGACUUUCACUCGUCAAGCUACUUUUUAUUUCUCACCACUCAAAGAUGGCUUGGUUUCCGACUCGAUAUAAUCUGUGCUUUGUUUAUGGCUUUUUCUGUGAUUGGAAGCCUGGUCACCUUGGAAACAGGAACAGCUAUCAGUGCAAGCGUCGUUGGUCUGUGCCUUAUUUAUGCUAAGAUGUUGACUGGGAUGUUUCAAUGGUGCACCAGACAGAGUGCUGAAGUAGAAAAUCUGAUGACAUCUGUAGAACGUGUUGUAGAAUAUUCACAUUUGGAGCCCGAAUCUGAACCCUCGAAACCUGCUCUAAUCCCAGAGGACUGGCCUCAACAUGGAACAAUCACAGCUGAAAAGGUCUUCUACUCACAUCACAAAUCACUACCAUAUGUACUGAAAAACUUGAACUUCGAUAUAAAACCACAAGAAAAGGUUGGUAUUGUUGGUCGUACCGGGGCAGGCAAGUCAUCACUACUAGGAAUGCUGUUUAGACUGAAUAUUCCUGAGGGACUUGUUCAAAUUGACUCAUUGCCAAUCACAGAUAUCAAACUUCAUGACCUAAGAAGUGCCAUAGCUAUUAUUCCGCAGGAUCCAGUUCUCUUCAGCGGUACACUUCGAAAGAACCURGACCCGUUUGGCAACUACACCGACGAAGACUUAUGGAAUUCUUUAGAAGAAGUCCAGUUAAAGGAAUCUAUUGAGGAAUURCCCGAUGGAAUAGAGACUCACUUGGCUGAAGCAGGCUCAAACUUUAGUGUUGGUCAACGGCAACUUAUAUGCUUAGCGCGUGCUAUUUUGAGUCAUAACAAAAUCCUGGUCAUUGACGAGGCAACGGCAAAUGUGGAUCACAAGUAAGUCAACAAAAUCACUAUUUUAUUUAUUCAUUUAUCUUUA